AGUUUUUGAAGAAUUGGGAUUUUCUUGUCAGUGCGAUAUGGUAACACACAGAAAAACAAAUAUCCUGAGAAAUUGGCGCAUAAUUAACAAUGUUUUUAAACGACAUAGGCCAACCCUCAAUACUGGAAAAAGAAAAAGUCUACAGCUCUUACGAGGAGCACCGUGGACCCUUGCUCUUUACGUCAGCCGCCUUAGGAGAACUAAUAGCACCACAAAAUUGGUGCCAGUUAGCUGUGGGUUCCCAGCUGGACAUCUCACGGCUGCAAUCAUAUACAGCUGUUUCAGAAAGCUGGUCUUUUGAAAUACUACUGCCGAAUAAGCCCACCCGACUAGUGUACGAUGAGAACGAGAUCACAAUCACAUUGAUACCAGCGGGAAGAAAGGAUAACGGCUUGGAGUGCAACCUAUUCUACAUAGAAAACGGCCAUGCACGAUAUUUGAUUGUGGACUGCCUAUCCGAGUAUCUGGACUUUCUGCCAAAGGCCUCGGGCUUCUUUCACACGGGCCUCCGGCAGGGAAUCGAUGUAAUGUACGUGGACGAAAAGCUCUUAGUUGAGAACCAAAUAAACGAGGAUCUCUACAGUUUAGCUGACCUGAUAAGACCAAAGUUCAUAUACGGAUUGCGGCAACGGGAACUGCCGAAGUGGCUGCUCGAUCUGCGUCGGAUUGAUGAUAGAAAUAAGAAGUAUAGCGUGCUUUCCGUACAAAAUGAUGCAUUUAAGGUUUAAAACAAACGACCAGUUAACAGUCAAAUAAAAUCUAACUAAGACUA